CCUUUUGAACAUUAAUGUAUACUGUUAUGAACAAUAUAAUUCAUUCAGUCAUCAAACUUAAAUCACCCAAUCAUUUUCUCCCACCAGCUUAUUCUACCGAUGACUAUGCCUAAGCAUAAUCCUCUCUUCCCCAUUUUCUUCAUAUUCUACUACUUCACCUUCCCCUCAUGCCAUGCCCAAUACACACAGUGCAAGCAACCUUUCAACUGUGGUAACCUCACAAACAUAUCCUACCCUUUCUGGGGAGGACCCAAUCGCCCCCAAGAGUGCGGUCGCUUAGGCUUCGAGCUUAUCAACUGUGAAGAAGAAAAUCAACCCCCUCGCAUAAAAAUCGAAGAGCUAGAUUUCCAUGUGUCCGACAUCAACAACCAAGAUCUUCAUCACACCAUGACAAUCUCUCGCUCCGACCUCUGGGACAGUCCUUGUACUGAUCUCCUCGUCAACACCACUCUCGACUACACCCGUUUCUCUUAUGUCCAUACAGUUCGUAACCUCACCUUGUACUACGGCUGCCUCCCUCAAAACGAAUCCGUCCUCAACAGUUUUACGUGCAAAAUAGACGGCACAUCCAAGGACAGAGAUAUUGCAUACUACCUGGAUGAUUCACUUUCAAGAGUCGUGAAUCGGACGUCGUGUUCUACCAAAAUCCGAGUCCCCAUUUUAUCGGAUGGCUUUGAUGUUAUGUCUGAGAAUGCAACGGAAGCAGUGGAAAAGGUUUUGAGACAAGGGUUUCAGGUUGAGUACAGUGCGGAGUGGGAUCUCUGUAGGUCAUGCGUGAACUCUCAUGGCAUCUGUGGAUCGAACUCAACGACGGAUUCGUUUCUGUGCCUCUGCGGGGAUCGACCUUACAGUUCUACUUGUCGAAGGGAUUCGAGGCACCAAGUUGUCUAUGAUUUAGGUGUUUUUUCUGCAGGAACUAUGAUCGUCUUUUUUAUUGGCUUCGGUGUAAAACAAAGUAUUUCAGGGAAUAAUGAAAAGCACAAUGAAGAUGUCGAGGCCUUCAUUCAGAAAAUUGGACCUCUAGCAGUAAAAAGAUACAAGUUCUCAGAUGUCAGAAAAAUGACCAACUCAUUUGAAGUUAAAUUGGGUCAAGGUGGAUAUGGUGAUGUGUACAAAGGUAAGCUAUUGAACAAUUGUCAUGUGGCUGUGAAGGUUCUUAAAGAAUCCAAAGGGAAUGGAGAGGACUUUGUCAAUGAGGUUGCAAGCAUUAGUAGAACUUCCCAUGUUAAUGUGGUCACUCUUUUGGGGUAUUGCUUUGAAGGUAAGAAAAAAGCGCUCAUAUAUGAGUUCAUGCCCAAUGGAUCACUUGAGAAGUUCAUAUACAAAGACAGUAAUCCUUCAAAAAUCACUCCACACUUGGAAUUGGAAAAACUCUUCCAAAUUGCUAUCGGGAUAGCUCGAGGGCUUGAGUACUUGCACCGUGGGUGUAACACAAGAAUUUUGCACUUUGACAUAAAGCCACAUAAUAUCCUUUUGGAUGAGAACUUUUGCCCAAAGAUUUCUGACUUUGGUCUUUCUAAACUUUGUACAAGGAAGGAGAGUUAUAUAUCAAUGUUGGAAGCUAGAGGGACAAUAGGGUACAUAGCUCCAGAAGUUUUCUGCAGAAACUUUGGAGGAGUAUCUGUGAAGUCCGAUGUUUAUAGUUAUGGAAUGAUGAUUCUGGAGAUGGUUGGAGGAAGAAAGAAUGUUGAAGCUCGAGUAAGCCACACCAGUGAAAUUUAUUUUCCAGAUUGGGUUUAUGAGCAACUUGAGCAGGGGAGCAAUUUCGGUUUGCUCAAUGCAGUGACCGAAGAGGAAAAGGAAGUCGCGAGGAAGAUGAUCCUAGUGGGAUUGUGGUGCAUACAGACAAGGCCAUCUGAUAGGCCAUCCAUGAGUAAAGUGAUUGAAAUGUUGGAAGGAAGCAUUGAAGCCUUGCAAAUGCCACCAAAGCCAGUCCUAUCUGCUCCUGUAAGAACAUCACCAGAAUCUUCCUCCUUAUCAGUAGUAUCUAAAGAAGAUCUGAGAAAAUCCCGAGCGCAGAAGAUGAAGCGCAGCUGCAGCGCAAGAGCUCUUUGUUAUCAACAAUAUCAUUCACUCAUCAAACACAUAUCUUUUCUCCAUUUUCUUCUACCAAUGACUAUGUUUAAGCCUCAUCAUCUCUUCCGAAGAGCACCCCUCUUCUUCUUCUUCUUCUUCAUCUUUUAUUUGUUCAGGUUACCAUCUCUUCACUGCGAAGACGAUCCCCAAUAUUACACACGGUGCAACCAACCUUUCAAUUGUGGUAACCUCACAGACAUAUCCUACCCUUUCUGGGGAGGACCCAAUCGCCCCAAAGAGUGCGGUCGCUUAGGCUUCGAGCUCACCAACUGCGAAGACGAAAUUCAAUUCCCUCACAUAGUAAUAGAAAAGCUAGAAUUUCAUGUGUCCAACAUCAACAGCCAAGAGCUCUUUCACACCAUGACAAUCGCUCGCUCCGACCUCUUGGAUAGUCCUUGUACUGACCAACUCGUCAACACCACUCUCGACUACAACCGUUUCUCUUAUGUCCAAACUGUUCGCAACCUCACCUUGUACUACGGCUGCCUCCCUCAAAACGAAUCGGUCUUCAACAAUUUUACGUGCACAGCUAAGGAUAGAAAUAUUUCGUACUACGUGGAUGAUUCACUCUCAAGGGUUGAUGUUCUGGGCCAACCCACAUGUUCUACCAAAAUCUUAGUCCCCAUUUUUUGGGAGGGCUUUGAUGUUUUGCCAGACAAUGCAACGGAAGAAGUGGAAAAAGUUUUGAAGCGAGGGUUUCAGGUUGAGUACAGCGCGGAUUGGGAUCUCUGUAGGUUAUGCAUGAACUCUAAUGGCACCUGUGGAUCGAACUCAACGACGGAUUCGUUUCUGUGCCUCUGCGGGGAUCAACCUCACAGUUCUACUUGUCCAAUAUCUCAUGGCACCAAGUUCAACUGGGGAAUAAAGAUUGUCAUAGGCGUAGCUGCGACUAUUGCAGGAUCUUGUAUUUUAUUGUUUGUUAUUCUCUUCCGUUGGACUUCACUGAUUAGGGGAAAUGACAAUGAAGAUGCUGAGGCCUUCAUUCAGAACAUUGGACCUCUAGCAGUAAAAAGAUACAAAUUUUCGGUUGUAAGGAAAAUGACCAACUCAUUUAAAGAUAAACUGGGUCAAGGCGGUUAUGGUGAUGUGUACGAAGGGAAGCUAUUGAAUGGUUGUCGUGUGGCUGUGAAGGUUCUUAAAGAAUCCAAAGGGAAUGGAGAGGACUUUGUUAAUGAGGUUGCCAGCAUUAGUAGAACUUCCCAUGUUAAUGUGGUCACUCUUUUGGGGUAUUGCUUUGAAGGUAAGAAAAAAGCGCUCAUAUAUGAGUUCAUGCCCAAUGGAUCACUUGAGAAGUUCAUAUACAAAGACAGUAAUCUCUUGACAACCACUCCACACUUGGAAUUGGAAAAACUCUUCCAAAUUGCUAUCGGGAUAGCUCGAGGGCUUGAGUACUUGCACCGUGGGUGCAACACACGAAUCUUGCACUUUGACAUUAAACCACAUAAUAUCCUUUUGGAUGAAGAUUUUUGCCCAAAGAUUUCUGACUUUGGUCUUUCUAAACUUUGUACGAGGAAGGAAAGUAUUAUAUCAAUGUUGGAAGCUAGAGGGACAAUAGGGUACAUAGCUCCAGAAGUGUUCUCCAGAAACUUUGGAAGAGUGUCUGCUAAGUCUGAUGUCUAUAGUUAUGGAAUGAUGAUUCUGGAGAUGGUUGGACGAAGAAAGAAUGUUGAAGCUCGAGUAAGCCGCACCAGUGCCAGUGAAAUUUAUUUUCCAGAUUGGGUUUAUGAGCAUCUUGAGCAGGGCAGCAAUUUUGGAUUGCUCAGUGCCGCGACCGAAGAGGAAAAGGAACUUGCGAGGAAGAUGAUCUUAGUGGGAUUGUGGUGCAUACAGACAAAGCCAUCAGAUAGGCCAUCCAUGAGUAAAGUGAUUGAAAUGUUGGAAGGAAGCACUGAAGCCUUGCAAAUACCACCAAAGCCUGUCCUAUCUUCUCCUGUACAGCAAUUCACCACAAACAAAUCUGAAAGCAUUGUUUUGCUACUGUACAUAAACAUACACAAGCAGUGUAAUGUACAGGAUCUUAUCAGAACCUCCAACACUGUAGACUGCAUUUUUUAAACUUUUGCAUUGAAGAUACAAAUGGUAGGAUAAUAGGACAAUCAAUUGUCCUGAAUUGGUGGUUUCA